AUGGGGUAUGUUGAUGGCUCUACUCCCUACCCAUCUCAACAUGUCUCGAUGUCUGGCAAAUCUGGUAACAAUUCUCCUGUUACUUCUUCUACUGCUGCGAAUGAUGAAUAUGUCGUGUGGAAAAUGCAUGAUAGAGCCAUUAUGCAAUUGAUUACUGCAAUGUUAUCCCCUAUUGCUCUGUCCUGUGCCAUUGGUAGCACUAGCUCCAAAGAUUUGUGGGUUAGGUUAAGGGAACAAUUUUCCACUGUGUCUAGAACUAACAUUUUUCAAAUGAAGUCUAAUUUGCAGACAAUUAAGAAGGGAUCCGAUUUAGUUUCUCAGUACUUCCAUCAAAUUAAGGAAGCUAGGGACUAUCUUUUUGCUGCUGGAGUGUAUUUUGUAGAUGAAGACAUUGUAAUCCUUGCAGUGAAUGGGCUACUAGCUAAGUAUAACACCUUCAAAUGUGUCAUAAGGGGGCGUGAAAGUGUGAUUUCACUUAAAGACUUCAAAUCACAUUUGCUUGCAGAAGAAGCCAUUGUUGAUAAUUCCACCAUUGCACCUUUCAUGACAGCUAUGGUUGUUAACACAGGCCCAUCUGCUUCAAAAGGCUCUAAUUUUCAUACUCGUGGUUUCUCUCACACUCCUGGUCAAUCUCAGUUUGCUAUUGGAGGUUUCAAACCAUAUACUGGGAAUAAGAACAAGAGUAAAGGCAGAUUCAAUCAGGGCUCUAGAUUUUAUAAUGCUAAACCUGUGUUUUCUACUCAAACACAUGUGCUUCCCAACUCUAAUCCUGGACUACUUGGUCAGUCACCUGGUUCAUAG